UCAAAUUCCAAAAGACCAAUAAUUGAAAUAAUGAACUCUGAACUGAUAGUUCGGAGCAGUAUUUAUCACAGAACGUAUUUAUUUUUUGUGCGGUUGUUUGUCAACAUUAUUAUUUGUCCACUUAUUUUUUUAGUAGUUAAUUCCGUUUAGAAUUUCGUUUAAAAAUGAUACGUACAGUUAACAGCUGUUUAAAAAAAUCAAAUACUGUACAGGCGAUAUUUUUCACACGAUGUGUGGCUACCUCAAGUGUAAAUCAUAAGACUGUUCAAAAUGCGGAAAAAAACGUUUCAGGAAGUCCUGAAAAUUUUUCGUUUGUUAUGAAUAUAUUUAGAGGGCAAGUGGAGCCUCGUCAAAUAUUUCCAUACCCUAAUGUUUUAAAUGAUGAACAAAAAGAACUUCUGCAAAUGUUAAUUGAUCCCACAACUAAAUUUUUUGAGGAAGUAAAUGACCCUGCAAAAAAUGAUGCGGAUGAAAAAGUGGAAGAAAAAUCUCUUGCUGCACUGUGGGACCUUGGAGCAUUUGCUUUGCAAGUACCACAAGAUCUCGGAGGUCUUGGAUUAACUAACACACAAUAUGCAAGACUUGUUGAAAUUGUAGGAUCUCACGAUCUUGGCGUGGGUAUUACUUUGGGUGCUCAUCAGUCCAUUGGUUUUAAAGGAAUAUUACUAGUUGGAAAUCCUGAACAGAAAGCUAAAUAUUUACCUAGGGUUUCUAGUGGUCAAUUUGCUGCUUUCUGCUUGACCGAACCAUCAUCAGGAUCAGAUGCUGGAUCUAUUAAAACAAGAGCAGAACUCUCACCAGAUGGCAAGCAUUAUAUUCUUAAUGGGUCCAAAAUUUGGAUCAGUAAUGGUGGAUUAGCUGAAAUUAUGACAGUUUUUGCACAAACACCGGUGGUUGAUCAAAAAACAGGAAAGACAGUUGAUAAAGUUUCAGCUUUCAUUGUUGAAAGGGCUUUUGGGGGUGUUACAAAUGGACCACCAGAAAAGAAGAUGGGAAUUAAAUGUUCAAAUACAGCUGAGGUAUACUAUGAUAAUGUAAAAGUGCCUGUUGAAAAUCUUUUGGGUGGUUUAGGAAAUGGAUUCAAAGUUGCCAUGAAUAUUUUAAACAAUGGCCGAUUUGGUAUGGCAGCGGCACUUUCUGGUACAAUGAAAGCUUGUACCAAGAAAGCAGUUGAGUUUGCGACUCAGAGGAAGCAGUUUGGACAAAGAAUUGACAGUUUUGGAACAAUUCAGGAAAAGUUGGCCCGUAUGGCGAUGCUUCAUUAUGUAACUGAAUCAAUGGCAUAUAUGAUUUCUGGAAAUAUGGACAGUGGCAGUCAACAUUAUCAUUUGGAAGCUGCUAUAUCCAAGUGCUUUGCAUCUGAGGCUGCCUGGUACGUUUGUGAUGAAGCAAUCCAAAUUAUGGGAGGUAUGGGCUUCAUGAAGGGCACUGGACUGGAAAAAGUAAUGAGAGAUUUAAGAAUAUUUAGGAUAUUUGAAGGAACGAAUGAUAUCUUAAGAUUGUUCGUCGCGUUGACAGGUAUUCAAUAUGCUGGAGCUCAUUUACGGGAGCUUCAAAUGGCAUUUAAGAACCCAACAGCUCAUUUAGGACUUAUAUUUGAAGAAGCAUCCAAGAGAGUGGUUAGAAAAGUUGGAUUGAGUUCUCCUCCUGCUAUGGAACAUCUGGUUCACAGGGAUUUAGCACCUAGUGCUGCUUUAACAGCAAAGAGUAUCGAUUCUUUUGGUCAAGCAGUAGAAAUGGUUUUAAUUAAAUAUGGAAAAAAUAUAGUGAAUGAACAGUUUAUAUUAAAUCGACUCGCUAAUGCAACUUUUGACAUAUUUAGUAGUGCAGUAGUCCUGUCUAGAGCUAGUACGUCACUUAACGAAGGUUUAAGUACAGCAAGUCAUGAAAAAUUGAUGGCAGAAGCAUGGACUCUGGAAGCAACAGAAAGAGCCGAAGCACAGUUAAAAAUAAUAGCAUCAGGAAAGCAUUUGGAUAAUUUCUCAAAAAUGAGCGUCAUUUCGAAGAACCUUUGCCAAGCUGAGGGCAUCGUACAAACUAACCCAUUGCGAUUUUAAUAAUUUAUGUUUUUACCUAUUUUACAUGAUGUACAAUAACUGUUUAUUUCUAGUUUACCUUAAAAAUAGUCUGUAAGAUUAAAACUUAUUAUACCACUUUUUUUUUAAAUUAAUAUAUUUGUAAAUAAAUUAUUUUUGUAAAAUAAUAGGUCCGUUGAUAAAAAUAAUUUUUUUUAU